AUGGCUUCGACGACGACCUCGAUGACAACCUCGACCUCGACGCCCAUGACGCCGCCGGCCCUUGUGACCUCGCCGGCGACGCGGCUCGCCGUGACCUUUGGCGGCCAGGCCAACGCCUACAUUGACGAGCUCGCGCUCCUGCUCGAAAAGUCCCCAGCGGCCGCGUCCUUUAUCGAAGCCGCGCAGGCCGCGCUCGUCGAAGAGGCCAAGCCGUUCGGCAUCACGAUCCAUCCGUUCUUGUGGGCGACGGACGCGACGACGCGCCCGUCCAGUGCGGCGCUCGCAUCGGCGACCUAUAGCUACCCGCUCAUCAUGCUCACGCAGUUUGCCAACUACCUCGCGUUCCUCGAAGCCGCGCACGUGACACACGAGCAGUUUCUGCGGAAGAUCGUUGCCGGGACGGGCCACUCGCAGGGCGUCGUGACGGCCGUGCUCGUGGCCGCGGCCAAGACGCACGACUCGCUUCUGUCGCUUGGCCUCCAGUUUGUGCGCUACAUGUUUCUCCACGGCGUGCAUGCGCAGGCGACGUUUGGCAACGUCUCGAACGCCGGCGACGUCUCGCCCAUGCUGCUCGUGCGCGGCCUCCCGGUCGAGAAGCUGACGCAGAUUGUCGACGGCACGAACGCCAAGCUGCGCUUGAAGGACGCGCGCGCGCUCCAGCUCUCGCUCGUCAACGACAAGGAUAAGAUCGUCGUGACGGGCCACCCGGACGCGCUCGCGCUGCUCCAAGCGGCGCUACACAAGAUGAGCGCCGGCGACGACGCGCAGAACCGCGUUCCGUUCUCGCAGCGCAAGCCGCAGAUCUCGACGAUCCCGCUACCUGUCUCGGUCGCGUUCCACAACACGAUUCUGACGCCGGCGCAGGCGCUCAUCCAGCAGGAGCUCAACCGCCUCGAGCUCGCCAUCGCUGGCGAUGCGCUGCAGUUUCCCGUCCUUGGCACGAACGCGGCGGCCGUCAACUUGCAGUCGUACGGCGCCAAGGACGUUCUCCCGGACGUGGUCGCGAUGCAGCUCUCGGACGCCGCGCUUUGGCCGACGACCGUCUCGGCUCUCCAGCGCCUGGGCAACCUUACGCACGUGCUCGACUUUGGUCCGGCGCGGGGCGCGUCGCCGCUCACGGCCCCGUUUCUGGAAGGCCACGGCGUGACCGUGCUCGUCCCGACGCACGCGCACAAGGGGUCAGCGACCGUGCCAGGCCUCGCGUACCUUGAGAAGCCCGCGUCGGCUCUCUUGCGCUCGUCGUGGGAAGCCACGUAUGGCCCGCGCCUCGCGACGUCCGAGUCGGGCAAGACGAUCCUUCAGAACGCGUACACGGACCGCCUGGCUACAACGGCGUGCCGCUUGUGGCCGCGGCGCUCGAGAGCGGCUACAUUGGCGAGCUCGCGUGCGGCGGGCUUCCGCGCCCGACGACUCUUUGAGGCCAAGGUGAACGACCUCGUUUCGCGCCUUACACCGGGCAACGGCAUCUACCUCAACUUGCUCUACUUGAACGCCAAGCAGUGGGCGUUCCAGUUCCCGAUGAUCAAGAAGAUGCGUCUCGACGGCAUCCCGAUCGAAGGCGUGACGGUCGCCGCGGGUAUCCCGACGCCCGAGAAGGCCGAUCACGUUCUCCACGAGCUCCUCUCGGUCGACAUCAAGGUCAUUAGUUUCAAGCCGAGCUCGAUCGCGUCGAUCCGCGAAGUGCUCACGAUCGCGGCGCGCCACCCGGCGGCGACGAUCGUCGUGCAGUGGACUGGCGGCCGUGCGGGCGGCCACCACAGUUUUGAGGACUUUCACACGCCGCUGCUCGCGACGUACGCCGAGAUCCGCCGCCAUUCCAACGUGCUUCUUGUCGUCGGCUCGGGCUUUGGCUCGGCGGCGCAGUCAUACCCGUACCUCACGGGCGACUGGAGCGUCGCGGUGGCCGAUGUCAAGAUGCCGUGCGACGGCAUCCUUGUUGCGUCGCGCGUCAUGGUGGCCAAGGAGGCCGCGACGGCCGAGGCGGUCAAGGCGCUCCUCGUCUCGACGCCUGGUAUCGCCAACGAAGCCGACUGGGAGGUGGCCUACGAAGGGUCGGCGGGCGGCGUCAUUACGCUCAAGUCGGAGCUCGGCGAACCGAUCCACAAGAUUGAGAACCGCGGCGCGGUGUGCUGGCGCGACUUUGACCGCAAGUACUUUAGCCUGCCGAUGAAGGACGCGACGCAGGCGAUCCUCUCGGACAAGGCGGCGAUCAUUGCGCGCAUCAACGCCGACUUCCAGAAGCCGUACUUUGGUCGCAAGGCCAACGGCGACGUCGUCGACCUCGAGGGCAUGACGUACCUCGAGGUGCUCCAGCGCAUGGUGAGCCUCAUGUACGUGCCGUCGCGCUGGAUCGACGUGACGUUCAUGACGCGCGUCUUCUCGUUCUUGCAGCGUGCGGAGCAGCGGUUCCUUGGCCGCGCCACGACAUCGUCCAAGCUCGUGGUGCAGAGCGCGAAGCAGCUCGCGAGCAAUCCGUCGGCGCUGCUCGUCGCGUUCCAGCAGGCGUACCCGGCCUCGGCGUCGUCGCUCCUCUCGAUCGACGAUGUCGAUUUCUUCUUGCAUUUGUGCAAGUUUGGCGGCAAGCCGGUCAACUUUAUCCCAGUGAUUGACGGCGAGCUCGUCACGUGGUUCAAGAAGGACUCGCUGUGGUACUCGGAGGACCUCGAGGCGGUGGUCGACCAGGACGCCGGUCGCGUCAUGAUCCUCCAGGGGCCCGUCGCCGUGCACCACAUCACCAAGGCGAACGAGCCCGUCGGCGAGAUUCUCUACGGCAUGAGCAACGGCGUCGUCGAGGCGAUGGUGGCCAAGAACUUUCCCAAGGUGCCGACGUCGGCGGCCGCGUAUGUUGCGGUCGAGGGCUGGACCCGCGCCGAGAAGAUCGUCACCAAGACCAUCACGGAGGCUGUCGACGCGGCGGCGCACGUCAAUGAGCUCGCGCGCCUUGUCUCGGGCAGCCGCAACUGGCUGCACGCGCUCUUGACCGCCGACCACGUCGUCUCGAGCGGCAAGUGGGUGGCCAACUCGAUCGCUGCGAUCGUGGCGCCGAAGCUUGGCCAGGUCGUCGAGCUCGAACUGGCGUCGGACGCGCCGGUGGCGUUGCGGAUUCGCGACAAGGCGGUGCUCGACGCGGCGCCGGUCGUCGAGCUCUCGUGUGCGGCAAAUGUCAUUACGCUCCGCGUCAACCUCAUGCGCCCGUCGACGCGCGAGUGGACGGCGACGGUCGUGUCGCUCGACCGGUUGUACGACUACAAGCCGACGAUUGCGAUCUCGCCGAUUCACUUGCGUACGCGCGUCUGCGAAGACAACAUCAAGGCGUUCUACGCGCAGCACUGGCUCGGCAACUCGCUCAGCGACUGCAAGGCGGCGCUCGGCCAGAGCAUCCACGCGACGCACAAGGCGACGUUCACUGUCACGGCCGCCGACAUCGCCGACUACAACACGUCGCUGGGUCUUGUCGGCGACACCGCGCCGGUCGACUUUAGCACGGUCGCGGGCUGGCAGCCUCUGAUCGCGUCCGUCUUUGCGACCGAGAUCCAAGGCGACCUCCUCCGCCUCGUGCAUCUCAGCCACGCGUACGACGUGGUCACGAAGGGCGACGCAGUCUUCCGCGCCAAUGACGUCGUCGCGUCGACGGGCUACGUCACGGCCAUGCGCAACACGCCGUCCGGGAAGGUCGUGACGGGUGUCGUGGCGGUCGCCGUCAACGGCGCCGACUUUGUCCGUGUCACGAGCGAGUUUCUCAUCCGCGGCAAGUUUGAAGACCACGCGCACACGUUUGAGAAGAAGCCAUUGACGGGCAACGUGCAUUUGGCCGACAAGGCGGCGAUCGCCGUCCUCACCGACAAGCCGUGGUUCAAGCUCUCGGAGGGCAAGACGCUUCGUCGUGGGGACACGCUGCGCUUCGACCUCCACGCGUCGUACGUGUUUGCUGACGGCGUGUCAUCGCUCGCGUCGCUCGACGUCCAGGGCAAGGUAUAUACCGGCCCCGCGCUCAACGAGGUCGUUGCGUCGGUCUAUCUCGUGCAGACGGGCGUCGCCAAAGACCCGAUUGCCGCGUACUUGGACCGUGCGGGGGUGUCGUCGGCGGCACCGGCCAAGACGUCGGCCAACCUCUUGGAGACGCCGCUGGCGAUUCACGUGCCGACGCACGCGCUGGCGUAUGCGCAGGCGUCGCGCGAUCUCAACCCGAUCCAUCGCUGCGGCUACGCGGCGGCGCUCGCGGGGCUGCCUGCCUCGCGGCCCAUCAUGCACGGCAUGUGGACCGCGACCAAGGUCCGCAACAUGCUCAUGGAGGCGCUCGAGGCGCAGUUCCAGGUGACCAAGCUCACGUCGUACCACGCCGAGUUCAAGGGCAUGGUCGCCAAUGACGACGAGCUCUUCCUCCAGGUGACGCAGACGGGUGUCUCGAAGGGCCACUUGCUCCUCGCGGUCAACGUGGCCAAUUUGCGUGGCGAGACUGUUCUUGGUGCUACCGCGUCCGUGCCAAUGCCGCUCACGGCGUUCGUCUUUACGGGCCAGGGCUCGGCCGAGGUCGGCAUGGGCAUGCAAGCGUACGCUGCGUCGGCCGUCGUCAAGGAGGUGUGGGACGCCGGUGACAAGCACCUCAUGGCCAAGUUUGGCUUCUCGAUCCUCGACAUUGUGCGCACCAACCCGAAGAGCCUCACGAUCCACUUUGGCGGCCGGAAAGGCAUGGCGAUCCGCCAAAACUACAUGGCGCUCGUCUGCGAGAAGGGCAACGAGGUCGUCCCGCUCAUCCCGGAGAUCACGCAGCACACGCAGAGCUUUACGUUCUCGGCGCCGACGGGCCUCCUCUUUGCGACGCAGUUUAGCCAGCCGGCGCUCGUGCUCAUGGAGAAGGCCACGUACACGGAGGCGAAGGCGCAUGGCGUCAUUGCCGACGGGUGCUACUUUGCGGGCCAUUCGCUCGGCGAGUACGCGGCGCUGAGUUCGUUUGCGGAUGUGCUUGCGACCGCCGACCUCGCCGAAGUCGUCUUCCUCCGCGGCAUGGUCAUGCAGAACGCAGUCGAGCGCGACGCGAACGGCCUCUCGGACUAUGGCAUGGUCGCCGCCAACCCGGCGCGCGUUGGCUCCCGCGCCUUUGACGAGACGACGCUCUUUACGCUGCUGGACGUGAUUGAAAAGGCGUCCGGCGAGCUCUGCCAGGUGGUCAACUACAACGUGCAGGACACGCAGUACGUCGUCGCCGGCGAGCUCGUGAACCUCGAACCGACCAUCUACAACGCGGUCGGUGCCGAGGCGCUCGUGGCCGAGACGCUGGCGCUCGUGCGCGCGCAGAAGGAGCUCUCGCUCGCCAAGGGCAAGCCGUUCGGUCUCAAGCGCGGCACGGCGACGAUCCCGCUGCUCGGCAUUGACGUGCCCUUCCACUCGAAGAAGCUGCUCGGUGGCGUGCCCGCGUUCCGGAAUCUGCUGCGUCCGAAGCUCAAGAAGGAGAUUUUGUACCAGAACAAGGCGCUGCUCGAGCACCAUUAUGUGCCCAACCUCGUCGCCAAGCCGUUUGCGUGCACGAAGGAGUACGUGGCCGAGAUCGUCGCGCUGACCGGGUCGCCGUCGCUGACGCCGAUUCUGGCCAACUGGGGCGCGACGCCCGACGACGAGCUCGUGCACACGCUCGUGAUUGAGCUGCUCGCGUACCAGUUUGCGUCGCCCGUGCAGUGGAUUCAGACGCAGGCGUACUUUUUCAAGCACGGACUGCGCCGGUUUGUCGAAAUUGGUCCGUCCUCGACGCUCACGGGCAUGGCGGCCAAGACGCUGACGAGCGGCAAGUUCCCGUCGGCCAAGUGCGACAUUCUCUUCAUCGGGAAGGACCGCGACGUCAUCUACUACGAAACCGAGUCGGAGCACCCAUCGGCGGUCGAGUACGCGUCGGCGCAGGCGUCGGCCCGCGCUGCACCGGCGCAAGACGACGUGGUCGUCGAGCAAGUCGAAGAAGAAGUCAAGGCGGCACCGGUUGUCGUUGCGGCGCCGGUGGUCGUCGCGGCGCCGGCUCCAGUGGCGGCGGCCGCGGUCUCGGACGCUCCGAUCAGCGUCAACCAUGUGCUUCGUGUCUUCUUGGCGUACCGCUUCAAGAAGGCGUUGGCCGAGAUUGACGACAACACGACGAUCCACGCGCUCGCGGCCGGCAAGUCGGCGGCGCAGAACGAAGUCGUUGGCGAGCUCGAAAAGGAGUUUGGUGGCGGCGUCGACCGCGUGCCCGAGCUGCCGCUCUCAGUGCUCUCGACGUCGUUCAAGGCCUACAGUGCGUUUGGCGCGGUCUUUGGUGCGCUCACGACCGACUACGUGCGCAAGCAGAUGCCCGGUGGCUUCAACCUCUCGCAAGUCAAGUCGUACCUUGCGUCUGCGUUUGGUCUCGGCGCGGGUCGCAUCGACUCGGUGCUCAUGCACUCGCUCCUCUUCCCGCCGGCGUCGCGCCAUGCCAAUGAAGCCGCGGCCAAGUCGUGGUUGGACACGGUUGUCGCCGACUACGCCAAGUUUGCCGGUGUCUCGAUCGCCAAGGGCGGAUCCGCGCCGGCAUCGGGUGCGGGUAUGAUGAUGCUGCCGUCGAUGGGUGCGCCGGUCGCACUCGACCCGGUGCCGGAGGCGGAUAUCACGGCCGCGUACGCGCUCAAGGUCUUCCUUGCGCACAAGUUCAAGAAGUCGCUGGCCGAGAUCACGGACGCGGUGAGCGUCCACGACCUCGCCGCCGGCAAGAGUGCUGUCCAGAACGAAGUCGUGGCCGAAAUGGAAGUCGAGUUUGGCGGCGCUGUCGAUGGCGUGGCCGAAAUGAAGCUCGGCGACCUCGCGCCCAAGCUCGCAGGGUACAGCAAGCCCGGCAAGUACUUUACGACGACGGUCUCCAAGAUGCUCUCGGCCAAGCUCCCCGGCGGCUUCUCGGCGUCGCAGCUCCGGUCGUUCAUGGCGGCCGAGCGCCUCCUCGGCCCCAGCCGCACGGAAAUUGCGCUCAUUCACGCGCUUCUGCACGUGCCCGAGGCGCGCUUCGGCACGGACGCGGACGCCAAGGCGUGGAUCAACAAGGUCGUCGACGACUACGCGACGGUGGCUGGUGUUUCGAUCCCGUAUGCGUCGAAAGCAAGCGGCGCAGUCGGCGGUGGCGGCAUGAUGGCCAUGAUGGGCGGCGGUGGUGUCUCGUCGGCGGCGCUCAAUGCGCUCGAAGGCCGCAUGGAGACGAUGCUGCACGACCAGAUCAGUGCGUUCCAGACGUUCAUGUCGUUCGACCCGCUCGACAGCUUGAAGAAGACGAGUGCGGAGGAGGUUGCGCGCCGCGACCUCGAGGCCGCGCUCGACCUCUGGGUGUCCGAGAUGGGCGAGACGUACGAGAAGGGCAUCCAGCCCAAGUUCGACGCCAACAAGGUGCGUGUCUACGACAGCUCGUGGAACUGGGUCAUGCAGGACGCGCUCGACUUUUACUACAAGUCGCUUCUGUCGCCCAAGGAGCCGACGCCGGCAGUGACCCAGUCGUUUGACCGCGACACGUUCUUUGCCGAGAUGUCGGCGUUCUUCAAUGCGGACGCAGCGCAGUUGGCCAAGAUUGGCGAGCCCCAGGGCUGGUUCAAGCCGUUCCUUUGCAACCGCGCGACGCCCGAGCUCCUCGCGGCCACCGAGUACUUUGCGUCGCGGAACGACGCGGACGGCCACUCGGAGUACGCCCAAGCCAUCGCGUUGCUCAACGAAGAAGUCGAAAAGUGGCUCGCGCGGGACCCGGUGCACCUCCAGCUGCUCCAGCCGAUUCAGCCGCACGUUGUGAUCGAAGCCAACGGCAACGUCGUGUACACCGAAGUGCCCCGCGGAAACACGUCGGUCGACUAUGUGGACGAACUCGCGCGCGGCUUUAGCUACCGCGUCGAGGGCGAUCGGUUGGCGUCGCCUCUGGGUGGCGGCCAUGCGACCGUCAACGUCGUCCGCGGCCUCGAGAUGGCCGACCUCACGGAAGACGGCGGCGCGCACUCGGACCCGAACAGCGUCUGCAGCGAGCCCGUCAAGACGAAGAAACGCUACGCCAAGCGCGGGUCGCGCAUCGCUGGCGCCAAGCUCCGCGGUCUCCAGGCCGUCUCGCGCAAGACGAAGAAGGCCAAGGCGUCGGCGGCGACGACCGUGCUGCCGUACGUGCACGUGCGCACGCCCGACCACGUCGACCCGACGAACCGCGUGCUCGACGAGGCGCUCACGCGCGAGUUCCUUCUGAGCAUGCACGACAUUGCGUCGGCGGGGGUCUCGUUUGUUGGCAAGAACGCGCUCGUGACCGGCUGCGGCAAGGACUCGAUCGCGAUCGAGGUCGUCAAGGCGCUCCUCGAAGGCGGUGCGACGGUCAUCUGCACGACGAGCAGCUUCUCGUCGCGCUCGACCAAGUUUUUCCGCUCCGUGUACGAGAACCACGGGUCGCGCGGGUCGCGCCUCAUCCUCCUCCCGUUCAACCAAGCGUCGGCCAAGGACGUCGCCGCGCUCAUCAACCACGUGUACAAUACGCUGCAUCUGGACCUCGACUUUGUGAUUCCGUUUGGUGCGAUCUCGGUCGUGGGCCCGACGCUCGCCGACAUUGACUCGAAGAGCGAGCUCGCGCACCGCAUCAUGCUCACCAACACGUACCGCCUCCUCGGCCACAUCAUCGAGGCCAAGCGGGCGGGCAAGGUCGAGACGCGGCCGUGCCUCGCGCUGCUGCCGCUCUCGCCCAACCACGGCACGAUGGGCGGCGACGGCCUCUACGCCGAAGCCAAGCUCGGCCUCGAAGCGCUCAUGAACAAGUGGCACUCGGAAGGCUGGGAAGACUACGUGAGCAUCGGCGGCGCGGUCAUUGGCUGGACGCGCGGCACGGGGCUCAUGGCCGGCAACAACAUGUACUUCGCCAGGUUCCCGAGCCUCCCGGCCGCGUCCGAGCUCGCGCCGCUCGGUGCCAACUACCGCGGCAUGAUCGAUUUGGACAAGACGGUGUCGUACGGCGUCUUCUCGAUCGAAGGCUGCAUCGAGCUCGCGUGGCUCCUCGGCUACAUUGUGUACUUUAACGGCACGCUCAAGAACGGCGAGCACUACAUUGGGUGGGUCGACGCGUCGAGCAAGGACCCGGUGCCCGACACGCAGGUCAAGGCGCUCUACGAAGAGAAGAUGCUCGAGCAUGCCGGCAUCCGCGUCAUCGAGCCCGCGCUCUUUGAAGGCUACGACCCGGCCAAGAAGAUGUUUUGCAGCAGCCAAGAGGAGGCGCUCGAGUUCCAGCGCGAGCUCGGCGACGACAACGUCGACGUGUACGAAGGCAAGGACGGCGUGUGGAUGAUCCGCCUCCGCCAAGGCGCGGUGCUUUCGAUCCCGAAGGCGCUCCGCUUCAACCGGUUUGUCGCGGGCCAGAUCCCGACGGGCUGGGACGCCAAGCGUCUCGGCAUUCCCGCGGACAUUGCCGACGCGGUCGACCCCGUCACGCUCUUCACGCUCGUCUCGACGGCCGAAGCGCUCAUUUGCGCCGGCAUCACGGACCCGUACGAGUUCUACCAGUACGUGCACGUCUCGGCGGUCGGCAACACGUCUGGCUCGGGCAUGGGCGGCAUGCGCUCGCUCAAGCGCAUCUACCACGAACGCGCGCUCGCCAAGAACAUUCCGUCCGACUCGCUGCAAGAGUGCUUCAUCAACACGAUGGCGGCGUGGGUCAACAUGCUGCUGCUCUCGUCGUCCGGCCCGAUCAAGACGCCCGUCGGUGCGUGCGCGACGGCCGCCGAGUCGGUCGACAUUGGUGUCGAAACCAUUCUGAGCGGGAAGGCGCGCGUCGUCAUCGUCGGCGGCUACGACGACUUUGGCGAAGAAGGCUCGUAUGAGUUUGCGCAGAUGAAGGCGACGUCGGACGCAGUCAAGGAAACGAGCAUGGGCCGCGACCCGCGCGAGAUGUGCCGCCCGUGCACCGACACCCGCGGCGGCUUCAUGGAGGCCCAGGGCGCCGGUAUCCAGGUGCUCAUGGACGCGUCGCUCGCGAUCGAGAUGGGCGUCCCGAUCUACGGUAUCGUCGGCGCGACCAACACGGCGACCGACAAGAACGGCCGAUCGGUGCCGUCGCCGGGCCAGGGCAUCCUCACGACGGCGCGCGAGUUCACGGUCGGCGACGAUGGGCGCAUGGCCAGCGCGCUCUUGAACCCGUCGUUCCGCCGCGCGCAGUUUGACGACGAAGUCGAAGCGAUCAACGCGUGGAAGACCAAGCAGCUCGCGGCGAUUGCGGCCGGGAACCAGACCUUGUACGCGGCCGACGUGGUCGAGCGCAUGGCGCUCAAGAAGCUCAAGGCGGCCCAGCACAUGUGGGGCCACGACUUCUUCAAGGGCGAAACUUCAAUUGCGCCGCUUCGCGGGCGCUCAACGCGUGGGGGCUCACGCUUCCACGGCACGGGCACCAACGCCAACGACAAGAACGAGAGCGAGAUCACGCAGAAGCAGCUCGAGCACCUCGGCCGCACGCCGGGCAACCCGAUCAUGGUCGUGUGCCAAAAGUACCUCACGGGCCAUCCCAAGGGCGCGGCGGCGGCGUGGAUGUUCAACGGCCUCCUCCAAGUGAUGCAGUCCGGGCUUGUGCCGGGCAACGCCAACAACGACAACACGGCGCCCGAGCUCCAAAAGUUUGAUCUGCUCGUGUACCCGAACCGGUCGAUCCAGACGGACGGCGUCAAGGCUGCGAUGCUCAAGAGCUUUGGGUUUGGCCAAGCCGGCGGCGAAGUGCUUUUGAUCCACCCCAACUACUUGCUCGCGGCGCUCGAGCCGGAGACGUACGCAGCGUACUCGGUCAAGCGCGCCAAGCGCACGGCGGGUCUCCACAACUACUACCAGAACGUGCUCGCCAACAAGCACGCGCUCGUCCAAGUCAAGGACCACGCGCCGUACACGGCCGAGAACGAGUCGGCGGUCUACCUCAACCCGAACGCCCGCGCCGCGUACAACCCCAAGGAGAAGACGUGGACGUUCGGCGACGUGUCGUCGGAAGUCGACGCGGCGGUCGAGACGGGUGUCGCGCCGCCGCCGACGUCGGGCCCGGUCGUCGCGCCCAAGAAGAUGCUCGAAUCGUCCAUGGCGUCGGCCGGCUCGCAGCUCAUCAUGUCGUCGGGCCAAGGCCUCGGCAUCGACGUCGAGCCGAUCGCUACCUUUGCCGACUUUGCGCUCAAGCAGACGUUUGUGGCGCGCAACUUUACGCCCGCCGAGAUCGCGUACUGCGAAGCGUCGGCCGCGCCCGCGGCGUCGUUUGCGGGUCGCUGGGCCGCCAAGGAGGCUGUCGUCAAGGCCAUCUGCAACGCCAACCCGAACGCGCAGCUCACGGCGGGUCCGGAAGCGCCGCUCAUUGACAUCGAAAUUGGCAAGUCCGUCUCGGGCGCGCCGACCGUCAGCUUUGCGGGCCGCGCCCUUGCCGCGUUCCAGGUGUCGAACCUCAGCAGCGUCAAGCUCUCGAUCUCGCACUCGGGCGACUACGCCGUCGCGCAAGCGCUCGUGCUCUAA